ACAACGGGGUGCGAGAGAGACUGCCCUCCUCGGCUGGAGAGCAAGCGCGGCCAAUAGGAGGUGGAAAAGAGUCAGGAGGUGUCGCUUGAGAAAACUGAGGAGGUGGAGAUCGUGCGGAAAGCCCGGCCAAUGAGUGGAGCCGGGGGUGUGGCUGGGGCGCCCCUGGCGCCAGCGCUGGGAAUCCCCGUGCACUAAGUGCCGUUUCCGCCCGGCCUGCUGAGGAGGAGCUGCCGGCCGUUUGCUGUUGCUGCGGAGGGGGAGGGGCCGUGGCUGCUUGUGGCCGCUGCGCUGUGGAGCCAAGCUUUCGGUCCCGCCUGCCGUCUAGGAAACACCGUGGCGCCAAGCAGGGCCUAGUGCCGGGAGCCCGGGCAACGGGCCGGACAGGUUUCCCCAUGUCCGUGACGUGUUGGCCGAGGCUCUGCGGCUGCUCCCCGCCCUUGGAGCUGCCAGUCGCUACCCUUUGGACUCCGUGAUCCCUGACAAACGUCAUGAGCAUUGCAAUCCCUCUGGGAGUCACCACACCAGAUACAUCUUAUUCAGAUAUGGCUGCUGGAUCCGACCCAGAGUCUGUGGAAGCUAGCCCAGCUGUUGGUGAGAAGAAUGUGUAUGCAAGUCACGGCUACGGAGCCUCCCAAAGGCAUAACUACCGAGGGCUGCCUUAUGCAGAUCAUAAUUAUGGAGCCCCUCCUCCUCCGACCCCUCCUGCUUCUCCCCCUGUCCAGACCAUCAUCCCUCGUGCAGAACUGAAUGGCCUACACUCUCAUGAUGAGGAAAAUUCUGGGGACACAGAAAGCUCUUCAGAGGCAGAAUCCAUUCCCAACUGGUGUCACUGCAGUCUCUCCCAAGAUGGCUUCCUCAUCAAAUGUGAGAAGUGCAGGGGAAUCGGCAGAGGAAAAGUGAUUAGACUCCGUCGCCGGAAGCAAGACAACGUGUCAGGUGGAGAUAGCAGUGCGACUGAGAGCUGGGACGAGGAGCUCUCCCCAUCCACGGUGUUAUACACAGCUACGCAGCAUACCCCCACAAGCAUCACUCUGACAGUCAAUCGGGUCUGUAGAACCAAGCCCAAGAAGAGGAAAAGGAAUACAGAGAGAACUCGUGCUGCGCCAAAGGCCAAAAAAAUCAAGGCUUUUAGAGAAGGUUCACGGAAAUCUUUGCGGAUGAAGAACUCUCCUUCAGAAGCCCACGCCCUGGAUGAAAAUACGGCAGAGGGGUGGGAGAACCGCAUAAGGCUCUGGACUGAUCAAUAUGAAGAAGCCUUCACUAACCAAUACAGUGCUGAUGUGCAGAAUCUUUUGGAACGUCAUCUCAAUGCCAAUAAAGAAUUUGUGGACAAGGCUGCUGUGCUGGAUACAAUCAAUAAGACAGAGUUGGCUUGUAACAACACUGUCAUUGGAUCCCAGAUGCAGUUACAGCUUGGGAGAGUGACACGGGUUCAGAAGCACCGGAAGAUCUUGAGGGCAGCCAGAGAUCUGGCUGUGGAUACCCUUAUAAUUGAAUAUCGUGGGAAAGUGAUGCUGCGACAGCAAUUUGAGGUCAAUGGGCAUUUCUUCAAAAAGCCGUAUCCCUUUGUGCUAUUCUACUCCAAGUUCAGCAGUGUUGAGAUGUGUGUUGAUGCUCGCACUUUUGGCAAUGAUGCCAGAUUCAUCAGGCGCUCCUGUACACCAAAUGCAGAGGUUCGUCACGUGAUUGCAGAUGGGAUGAUUCACCUGUGCAUAUAUGCAGUUACAUCCAUUGCCAAGGAUGCAGAGGUCACCAUUGCCUUUGACUAUGAGUACAACAUCUGCAACUAUAAAGUGGAUUGUGCCUGUCACAAGGGAAACCGGAAUUGUCCUGUGCAGAAACGCAGCCUGAAUGCUAUAGAGCAGCUACCUCCACCUAUUCUAGACACUUUGAUUGGAGCAGAGACUAGGCGUCGGAAAGCCCGCCGGAAGGAGUUGGAACAGCGAGGUGCUGCUUCUGAUGAGAACAGCAAUCCACAGGCAGAGGAAGUCCCUGAGGAACCUGCUGCAGCCACUGAUGAUGAGGCUGCAGACAAAGAGGAGAAACAGGAGGAAGAAAAAGAAGCAAUUAUGGAUGAGCAGGGAGGCCUCACUCAGAGCAGACGGACCCGAGAAGAUAGGAAGGUAGAAGCUAUCAUGCAUGUGUUUGAAAAUCUGGAAAAAAGAAAGAGGAGGAGAGAUCUUCCGUCAGACCGGAGCAGCACAGAAGCAGAGGUGGUAGUUACUGCUGAGACUCCAGAAACGGAAGAAGUAAAAUCUGAGCCAAAUGAAACUGAAGAUGGCAGUUUGGCUUCAAAUGUUUCUGUGCCAAGUGCCCCUGCCUCUGCCAGCAGCAUUGGGGUGAACACCCGGAGAUCCUCACAGGCUGGGGAGACAGCUGCAGACAAACCAAACUCUAAGACAGCACCAUCAAGGCCAGCCAGACCACGGCCCAAAAGCCGUUUUUCCCGGUACCGGAGUAGUUCGGCACAGCGCCUGAGAAGGCAAAAGCAAGCCAGUUCCCAGCAGUCUGAGCUCUCCCAGGCAACUCCAGAGGAGGGAAUCAGCAUGAGCACAGUAGCAACAACAGAAGUCAAUAGCAUGGAAGGCCCUGGUGAAGGGAAGCAAUUGAUGGGGUCUGACCUAGCUGCGGUUGCGGUUGCAGGAUCCCAGGCAAACCGGAAUGCACUCAAGUAUCCCAAAACGAAAAAGUAUUUAGUUACAGAAUGGCUGAAUGACAAGGCAGAGAAACAGGAGUGCCCCAUCGAAUGUCCUUUACGUAUCACCACUGACCCAACUGUGCUGGCUACCACCCUCAAUAUGUUGCCAGGCCUUGUCCACUCUCCCCUCAUCUGUACCACACCCAAACACUACAUCCGUUUUGGCUCCCCCUUCACCCCAGAAAGGAGGAGACGACCACUUCAGUUGGAUGGGAAUUACAGCUCAUGUAAAAAGCGCUGGAUAAAACAAGCUCUGGAAGAAGGGAUGACUCAGACCUCAGCUGCUUCCCAAGAGAACAGAGCUCAGUGUCUAUACCAAAGUAAUGAGAGCAGUAGCGCUUCUGGCAUCUGCAAGGAAAAUGCAGACUUGUUGAGUCCCCUGAAGAAGUGGAAGUCUCGCUAUCUGAUGGAGCAGAGUGUUACCAAGUUACUGAGGCCACUGUCUCCAGUCACUCCCCCACUUGCUGGCCCCUCGGUUCCUGACUCACUGAGCCCACACCUCACCACAUCAUCCUCAUCUAUGCCAGGAGAAGAGGAAAGCCGCAGCGGCGUGAUCUUCUCACCGAUUCCCUCUUUGGCUGCUAGCCGUUGCAAUACUCCACUACAGUUUGAGAACGUAUCCUCCCCUGAGAGUUCCCCUGCGCAUAGGCCCGAGUCCCUGUCGCCCGAGCUCUGCCUCAGGACGGAACUUGACAUGCCAAAGGCAGGACUUCUGGAUGCCAGCAGUACCAGCUGCCCAGAGAGACCAUUGCUGCUCCCUUCAGGACAUUCUGAUCCAGCCUCCCAACCCUCGGAGACCAGUUUCCCAGGAAAGAGUGGGGAAGCCCAGACGCUGCUAAGAAGCUCUGACCAGGCUUUUCGGACAGAGUUUAAUUUAAUGUAUGCCUUCUCCCCUUUGAAUGCUAUGCCCCGGGCAGAUGGAUUGUUAAGAGAAUCUCCUCAAAUGGCUGAUGGGAAACCUCUAAAUCCAGAUAGGGGCUGCUGCAGUUCUCCUGCAGAGGGAUACUUUGGCAGACAUGAGCAGACACUUCUCAAAGAAUCUGCACACGGAUCCAUGGCCCCCUGUGGUGAGAGAGCUUGUGAAGGAGUUAAAUCUGUCCCUCAGAAUCCACCACAGAGGAAAAAGGUGUCUCUGCUGGAGUACCGCAAACGGAAGCAAGAAGCCAAGGAGGGAGGGGAUUCUGCUCGAUGCACUGGGACACCCACUCGACUGGGCAACAGCUGCUCUGUGGCAGAUGUGGAUACCGGUGUUAUUCAGAGCUUGGGAGGCCGUGCCCUGUCCUCCCCGCAACAUGGGUUCUCCCCCUCACAUUCCUCUAUGUCUCACUUAGAGGAAGUUAGCCCACCAGAACCAAGAGGGACUACGCACUGCAAAUCUCAGGACAGCAUCAGCAGUAGGUGGAUGGUGCCCACCUCAGUGGAGCGGCUCCGAGAAGGCCGUGGUAUUCUGGAGAAGGUUUUGCGCAGCAGUGCAAAGAUUUCUCAGAGAGGAGAGCCCUCACCCACUGGGGACAGCAUGGGGGAGAGAGAAGCAGAUACUGUGGAGGGAGACAUGACAGACCCCCUUAGCUCUGCCAUCAAGGGACCAGCAGUUUACAGUCCUUCUCGAUACAGCUACCAGCUCUUGCAAUCUGACAGCCCACGAGCAGAGUCACAGGCCCUUCUUCAGAGCUCCUCGCCCUACCGAGGACAUCCCAUCCCGUCCCCCGGAUACAGCUACAGGUCUCAGUCGCAGAGAACAGGGCACCUUCCCUCUCACGGUUCCUCCGAAACCUCCCUUUCCUCCACCCCUUCAGUUUCCACGGACUCCUCAGCCCUGUUUGCAGGGAAUUCUGGGUAUUAUAGCGGCCAGCAACAUUCUGGCAGUGGGGUCCUGAAGAAGAACUGUCCAGCAGCUUCUGCUCCCAGCCCUGCCCAGACCGCUGCCGCAGACUGUUUGCCCUUCUCUGAAUCAGGGCCUCAUCCCUGCGUGGGAACUGCCAGCUGCACUUCUUCUUCUUCUUCCUCCUCCUCCUCUUCCUCUUCUUCUAGACCCUUGCAGUCGGACUUGCGGACUAUCAACCCCUCCAGCUCUGGGCAACCUGCUCUCUAUCAGAGCUCCAGAGCAGCAGCACUUUCCAGUUCACAGCACUACUCACACCGAGGGGGAGGAGGCAGCAUCCAUCAGUACAGACUGCAGCAACUUCCAGGGUCGGGCGUCAAGACUCAGACAGGCCUCUCUUAGGGCAGGACAGAAUCGCCCACUGUUCCUUCCGGCAGAAGCUCAUGGGGGAGCAAUGCUGGAAUGGGAAAGGGCCACAGGCUGCCAGCCACCCCUGGCUUUGGAAGGAGAAAGUGGCAGCAGCAGAGCCUGUAGCAAAGCAUCUUCCCAAUGCCUGGGUACAUUGUAGAAAGCAAAUGGUGCUGAUUGGCAUGGCCUCUUUGCCUACCUGUGCCCGUAGCUGUAGUCAUCUGGGUGGGUAGGAAAGCUUGAAUAUGAAACCAGUGCAAAUCAGAAAAAUAGG